CAGUGCCCGUUCGCAACGGGCGACAAUCGGCCGAGCACGGGAAAAACGUCGAUACGCAUCCCCCCGCCUUCCCCACUUCGCGGCGAUUGUGUUUCGGCUCUAUCGAGCUAUCUGCUACAAAAUAUUGGUGUUUCCGAGGCAUUUUUCCGACGGAUUAAACGAAGCUAGUCAGAAAUGGGUAACGAGAGUUCGAUGCCCCUGGAACUCUGUUCAAACUUUGAUGUAGACGAAAUCAGGAGAUUGGGUAAGAGGUUUCGGAAAUUAGAUUUGGAUAAUAGCGGUGCUCUUAGCAUCGACGAGUUCAUGUCCUUGCCUGAGUUACAACAAAAUCCAUUGGUUCAACGUGUCAUCGAUAUAUUUGACGCGGAUGGCAAUGGAGAAGUAGAUUUUAAGGAGUUUAUUCACGGGGUGUCUCAAUUCAGUGUUAAGGGUGACAAAGAAAGCAAACUACGCUUUGCAUUUAGAAUUUAUGAUAUGGAUAAUGAUGGUUACAUAAGCAACGGGGAGCUUUUCCAAGUGCUAAAAAUGAUGGUAGGCAGCAACUUAAAAGAUGCUCAGUUGCAGCAAAUUGUAGACAAGACAAUACUAUUUGCUGAUAAAGAUGAAGAUGGUAGGAUUAGUUUUGAAGAAUUUUGUUCUGUUGUUGGUAACACGGAUAUUCAUAAGAAAAUGGUAGUUGAUGUUUAAGUGCUCCAGAUUUGUGAAAGAACUCUUGGUUUACGAUACGUGGUAUAUUAUUAAUUGAAAUCUAUAAAUUCAAUAUUAACAACAGAUUUAUGGGAUAGUUCUAAGUAACAAAGAUCUGUUUAGAAUGAAUUCACAUCAUUAUUGUUCUUAAGCCUUUGAUCAUUACGAGUUUAUCGAAGAGAGGAAAUCCACAAGGUAUGUCAGACCAAUACAGCAUGACGCAUGAAUAUUAGGUCAACAUGAUGCACACAUAUCUUGUAUUGUGUGUUAAGGAAUGUUCUGGAACCAGAUCAAACUGUCUUGUGUGUUCUUUUAACGACAAGGAGACAAAAAGAGAACGAUCUGUGUAUAAUGUAAUCUUAAAUGGUUACAACGUUCAAUUUGUUAUUUAAAAUUUGAUACGAUAAGUCUUCGAUAUUUUCUCUUUUUUACAAAAGCUUAUCAAACGCCUUUUGGAGAAAAACUUUAUAGGCGCACUUAAUUUAUUCCUUCCAUUAGUAACAUUUUUAGUAAAGAAGCACGAAAGUAAAAUCAAAUGUCGCGUUAUUGAUACAAUCACCAUGCCAUAAACUUACUGUAUUUCCUUCAUUGUACAAAAAGAAAUAAUUGUUAACAUUAUCAUAAAUAGAUUAACGUUAAAGAUUUUAUUCGAUAGCCGCGGCGAGUCCGAGGUUACUAUUAUUUUAAGCUAUUAAUAUUUUACAAGUGUUAUAGAGAUAAUUCGAUAUUUCAUAUGUAUUAUGUUUACAAUAAACAAUCGUUGAUUGUGCAUUCGGAAGAGA